AGACUUCGACAUGAACAGUGUAUAAGGAAGGAAUCAUAAAUAAAAUCUUUCUGGUAGUUAGUUAGCACUUUGUGUAGAAUACCAAUAAAAGAAGACCGCAAAUUUAAUUUUUGUCAAUAUUUAACGUUUGAAUGAAAUGGGGGUCGUAUGUGUUUAUGCCUAUCCUAUUCCUGAAGGAAAAAGUGGACAGCAAGUUGUAGAUUCAUUGCAGAAGGAUAUUGAAUUACUUGGGGCAGUUAAAACUGGUAGUUUCAAUGUAGAUUGUGAAACUUAUAAUUCAGUGAAUCUUCCAGGGAGUACACAACAACGUUUGAUUCAUGUGCUACACAACAGUGAACAGCCAGCAUCGUGUUUCUCUGUGCUGGAUACAGGAACAACACUGAUAGCUGACGUCUUAUUUGAAGUCCUCAUAGCCAAACUUACCCAGGUCAAAGCUGGAAAAGAACCAUUAUAUCAACAUAGGAAAGGAUUUAAGAUGGAAUCCAAAGGACCAAGAUAUGAAUUAAGUGACUUUAUUAUUAAAAUUGGAUCUGUUUCUAUGGCAUCAAAUUUCAAAGGAAUUCUUGUAGAGGUUGAAUACUGUCCAUGUAGUGUGCCAAAUGAAUGCUGGAAUCUAAUGCGAGAAUUGAUGCAGAGUUUCCUAGGCAAUGUGGCGGAGACACUUCCAUUGUUAGUAAAAAACAAGAUUGACACAUUCUAUACAGCAGGAGAUACAAUUAACCAGUAUCUGGAACACUUUAAUAACUUCCGUAAACAGACAAAUGUGAACCAACAAAUAAGAUGAUAACUAUUAUCUACACUUUGUAACAUGAUUUUACAUUUUAACACGUCACAUGGUAGCAAAUCACAUCGCAGCCUGUCACUUACAUGUCACAUUGUAAUUGGUCAAAUUGUUACGUACAGUUUGUAUGAUCAUAGUCAUAAAUGGAAGGACAAGAUUACACUUUUAAUGUUGUACUGUAUGAAUAAAGAUUUCAAUUUCAGCUUUAACUGAGCAACAGCAAUCUUGUUUUCUUCACAACUUGUGAAUUAUUCUCAAACGGGACAAUUUCGUCAAAUUUGAUUGUUGUAUAUGAAUUAUGCUUGAAGAAAAUCAGUAAAAUGAUGGAAUGGAU